AUCGUAACUUAAAAUCGAAUGAACAUAGGAAAAUAAUGAACAAGUGGGUCACUACUUGUGGGCGUAUUAUGUAGCACUAGUCUAUAUGAUGCGUUCAUGUUUGAAUGUUGGGGAAACUGAAACAUUUCACAGCUAUUUAAAAAUACAAAAACAUGGCUUUACGACAAACCCUGGUUGCUGUGUAUGAAACUUUACGGGAGUGGUGUCCGGGAAGAUAGCACAGGAAACCCCGCCUGCCGCCAGAAAUAAACUAUAAAAAGGGCUAGUCCUGCAGUAACAGCGCAGCGCAAUCGCCCGUGUCUUGCAGCUGAAAGUGACAGGCGAACUAAAACUUUUCAACGGACAAGAAUACAUAGAAGCAUGUCAGAUAUGAUCGACGAUAUUAUCACGAGGAAUCUGAUCAAUCUGGGUUUAGAUGAACCAUUCACCCAGAAACAAAUUCAACCGAUGGUACCUCGUCUCAACCGUUCAACUUCGUUCUUCUCACCAAAGAGCCAUAGUCUAAGCUCUGAGCAAUUGAACGAUGAUACCCCCUGGCCACUUGACAUUUGGAGCAAGAUGGCUCCAAGUCAACCACAGGUUUCCUUCAGACCUGAUCGCUCCAUGAGUCUGACCGAAUCCAGUGUACUCUCCUUCGGUAAAUUGAAGACCCUGGAUGAAGUGCCUCCACCGCCUGGAUUUCCCCCACUGAACAACCCGACACCUCUCCCUUCCAACCGUUACAAGACCGAACUGUGCCGUAGUUUCCAGGAGAACGGCAGCUGUAAAUAUGGGAGCAAGUGUCAGUUUGCCCAUGGAGAGCCUGAGCUGCGUGGUUUGUACAGGCACCCAAAAUACAAAACGGAGGCCUGCCGCACCUUUUACAACUUUGGCUACUGCCCAUAUGGAGCCCGCUGUCACUUCAUUCAUGAAGAGAAGCUCACCCCCUUAACCCAAAAGUUCCACAACCAAGCACUUGCUGAUCAGAGCCCACGUCAGCUCCGUCAGAGCGUCAGUUUCGCAGGAUUCAUGGGAUCACGCAGCUCUCCUCCCCCUGCGCUCCACGACCCCCUUGGCUUCACCCGUGCGCCCUCGGUGUCACCACCCCCUGCGGACAUUCUCUCCCCAGUGUUCAAUGACACCCAACGCGACACAUUUCAGUUUUGUCAGAGCCGACCCAGUGUUGGUGACAUCCACAACAUCCCUAUGAUAGUUGAGCCACAGAAGCCCUCACGCUGCGUUUGUGGCCACGGAAAUAACUUCCCAGACACUCUGAACAAAUCGUACGCUAUGGAGGACCGCAACAACGUCUACAUCACCCAGCAAAACCUCCACCGCUUCUCUUCUGAAGAUUCCCUCUCAGAUCGGGAUAGUUACACCAGCACAGGCAGCACCAGCGGUUCAGAGUCCCCCACAUUUGAUGGGGCUGGCAACAAGCGCCUCACCGUCUUUGCGCGUCUGUCACUCUCUGACUAGGAAACCCAAACCACAUAGAGACAAUCCAACACCCGAACCUUGAUCAAUUGUGAAGGUUCUGCUUACACAAAUCAGAAAUCCUAUCAAUAUGAUGCGCAUCAACACUUUAUACUGUUUAUUUAUAUUAGUGACAUUUAUUUGGUACUCAAACUUCUAUCAAAAUCUGUAUAUUUUUUAUAAUUAUGUAUAUUUUCAUUUAUCUUUUCAUCUUGUCUUCCAUUAAUUGCUUUCUUUAAAAAUGACCUUGAUGGUUGAUAGUAACAAACGUUUUAAGUAGCUUUACCUGUCUCAAUCAAUAUGAGAAGGACCUAGUAGCCUUACUUCGAUUAGUCCUUUUAAUAUAUGAUCAUUUGAAACAAAAGACUCCCCUCCAUUUAGUAAGCUGACAGAACUGUUUGUCAGGUCUGUUUAUACUGUUGGUAUUCAUGUGUAUACCAAGAACUAUUCAAACCAUCAAUGUGACUUGGAAAAUGACAACAACACAUUCUCUCACUGUGAUAUGCACUUUAAACUAGGUAUUGGGAGACUAGUCUCUCUGUAGCAUUUAACCAAAGCUUUACACUUCUUCUUUUUUUAAACUUUUGCCAAAUUCUUUGUGUAAGGACAGUUUUUCAUAUUAUUUUUGGACUUAUUAUUUUUGGACUCAUAUUUUAACACAUCUGUGACAAAAGUGAGAAGGUGCUAGUACGCCAUCUGUGUAUGUCACAGAUCUAGGAUUUUGUGUAGCCUUGCCAUUUAUUGAGAGACCUGUUUUGUUGCAUAAUGUUUUGACAACCCUGGUUGGGUCUUACUCAACUGUAGUAGGUGACUUCUAUUUCAUCAGGGACUGUAACAUCACAGUAUUUCCAUAGACUAUAUGUUGACUUAUUUGCAUUUCUUUGCUUUUUGUAAUUGUAAAGACUUAACUAAUAUAUUUAUUAUGAUAUUUAUUGUGGUAAUACCAAUGUAUUUUGUACUUAUUUAUCAAGAACUUGUCAGGGUCUGUAAAAACGAUGUGUGAAUUAUUGAGAAAAAUAUGAAUUUAUUUUUGAUCGCCUAAACAAGAGAAAUAAAUGAAAAUGAUAAAUAAAUGUAAUUUCUUGCAUUUAAUAUUA